AGGGCACCCUAAGAUGUUUACACCUGUUAUCCUCGCCCCAUAGCAGAAGUUUUGCCCUUCCCCUGUUCGGUGUUUUCUUGUCGGAUGUGAUGCCGUAGUUGGUAGCGGAGCCUCUGGUACGUCCAGGGGCCUCCAGCUUCGACAUGGCGGGCGAAGCUGGAGACGACAACAUGUCAGCACGAAGCAAACGAUAUUCGCUGGACGAGAUAGAUGUUGCGGCUUCAGGGGGGCCCAGGAGUCAGGCUUCACGGAAGCCCAAAAAAAGUUCAUGCAACUCGUAGCCGACGCGAUUUUGGGCGCAUCGGCGACAGCAGGGACGUCGCGGGGGGUAUAUUAGGGCGCGGGCUGUCCACAAGAUCCAAACACUAGUUUGCCAUAGUAUUCUUGGCUGAUCUCCGAUCGGUGGCAGAAGUCUCGCUCGGGUUCGAGUGCGGCAUGGGACGGCAAGCUCUCGGUCGGCUGGACUCAGCUUGACACGAAGCAGGAUGCAGACCACAGUUCAUGGUGGAUGUGCGACUUUUCUAAGGACGGUAGUACCCACUGGAGAUCUCCGGACUGGGCCGACCAGCGCUGGCAGCAGUCAUCGUGGCCCAACUCGUCGUGGCACGACCCGACCUCUCCGACCUGCCGAAGUGGACGGGCUGGUCUCGCUGCAAGAUAUGGCAAAGGCGAGUUCAUCGGUGGUUGGAGGGCGCCGACAUCCGUCACCCAAGAGGGCCGAGAAGUUGUUGCAGGCGCUACAGCCCGAUAUGCAUUGGAAGUUCGGUGACCUCUCCGACCAAGUGCUAAUCAGCGAGCUUGGAGCAAAUACCAUCCUGUCUAGGGCCUGCAGCUGGGCGUCGAGUGGAAGAAGCCCUUCUUCGAGGAAGGAGUGAUGCUUGAUGAGGGGGGCCGAAAGAUGGCGCGCGUCAUGGUUCGUAACGAUGUCGUCUCGUCCGCUUUCGAGUCAGCGAUCAAGGAGAUAGAUGCGACGUGGAACGAGUUUCUCUCCUGGGCCGGGUCAAGAAAUCACAUCUGGAGGCAUUGCCCGAGAGCCGCCCCCACCCGGCCUUGGGCGACGGCGAGGGCGACGGCGCCCAGGGCGAGGCGUCGAGUCUCGACGCGGAGGGAAAGAGGCGAAGUGCGAGAGAGAGAGGGAACAACACACAC